AAAAAAAAAAAAAAAAAUCUUUUUUCUUUUUUCUUUUUUCUUUUUUCUUUUUUCUUUUUUCUUCUUUUUCUUUUUAUCAUUUUAUUUAUAUAUCUUUUCCUCCAUCUUAUUCUUAUAGAACAAGAGAUUACUGGUGAUAUUUUAUUGGAACUUUCUUUACAGUCUUUAAAGGAACUAAAUAUUAGUACAUUUGGUAAACGAUUCAAGAUUCAUAGUGCCAUUCUUGCUUUACGUGAAGAAAUAUUUCGUCAAGAUCCUUUUUAUUUACAUCCAUCUAAAUCAUGUCUCAGUACAACAGAGGAUUACCAUUGGAUGAUCACUGGACAAGGCAACCCACCUCAAAAAUAUUCUCUUCAGAAAUCAUCUUCUUCAUCAGAAGGAACAGUGACAACUGAUUAUACAACAAAUGAAAUUACCACCAGAACCAAUAGUAGCGAUAGUAGAGGUAGUUAUGAUACAUUGGAUCAUUCACCUUAUUAUCCUUUGGAUAUGAUGACUUACCCUAUCAUGGAUAAUGGCAAACCUCAUGGUAUUCUAUCAGUAAAUCCAUCUUCUUCUUAUGAUUAUCAUCAUCAACGACAUCUUCAACAAUCUAAUGAAAAUGAUGAUCAAGUAGCUCCAGAUAUGGAAGGAUGGCUUUUUAAGCAAGGCGAUAAAUAUAAGACAUGGAAUAAACGCUGGUUCGUUUUGAAAGGGUCUAAUCUAUUUUAUUUUAAAAGUCCAAAGGAUGUACGAAUGAAAGGUAUUAUCAAUUUACGUGGAUAUCGAAUCAUUUGUGAUGAAACUAUCAGUGUAGGACAUUAUUCAUUCAAGGCACAACAUGAAAAAGAAAGAACAUUUUACUUUUACGCAGAUACUGAUCUUAGUAUGAAGGCAUGGAUUCAAGCAUUAAUCAAGGCAACAAUAGCGCGUGAUUUUACUGCGCCUGUGGUUAGUUCAAGUACGAUUCCUACAGUAUCUUUGGAUAUGGCUCGACGUAUGAACCCAAGACCUCCAUCUACUAUUUUAUAUUUGAACAGCAAGUCUAAUCAUUUACCACCUACUUCAACUAUCUCGACUCCUCCUUUGAUGAUAUCGGCGUUUUCUUCUAUGGUUACUAGUACUUUAUCUUGUUCUCAAAAUUCUCUCCCUUCCUCCCCCUCAUCUGUUCCCUCCCAGUGAAAAUUUAGUUUCAUCCCCGCAUGAAUUUCUCUCCCCUGAUUUUUUUUCCUGUGUCUCUUUUUUUAUUUCCAUUUCUCCUUUACUACUACUACUACUAUUAUUAUUAUUAUUAUUAUUACCUUCUCGAUUCUUGUUUUCUAAUACCAUCAUCCAACUAUUUUUUUUUACUUUUAUUAUUAUUACUAUUAUUUUUAUUAUUAUUAUUAUUAUUUUUAUUAUUAUAUUACAUUUUUACUGAUCUUUUUAUGUGUGAAAUAAUCCUAAUAAAAAAUGAAAAGUCU